UUCCCCUUGUGUCCGCCAUAUUGGACUCUAACUCUGGUCAGCGGCGGCGCUGGGACUGUGGACUCGCGGUUCCUCCCGCCCAGCGGCCUGCCCCGCAGCUCCCGCCCGCCGCAGCCCUCCCCGCCCCGGAGGCGACUCCGUGCAGCGUCCCCCGGCUGGCCGGAGCGCCCGCCGCCGCCGCCGCCUCAGCCUCCCCGCCCUCCGCCGCCGCCCGUAGCCCCCCGCGCCCGCUCCGCGCCCCUCUCCCCGCCCGCCAUGAGCCCAGCCGACGCCAAACGCGGGGCCAAGCGCCGGAAGAACAAGCGGGGCGGCGGCGGCGGCGGCUCAGGCGGGGGUAACGGCGGCGCGAGCAGCGGCAAGGCCGGCCCGGCGGCGGCGCUGCGCGGCUCCCAGGGCGCGGGCCUGGCGGCCCCGGGCGGCACGGCGGGCCUGGUGGGCGGCGCGGCGGUGGCCAACGGGCCCCUGGGCGCUGGCGCGAGCGCGGGCGGCGCCGCCCCCGGAGGCUACUUCGAGACUCCUUUUAGUUUUGGCAUGAAUCAUAGGACACCACCCUACCCCGCUGGGGAUUAUUGUCUUCUGUGCAGAAGUGAACGUAAAGACUCCUCAUUCUUAGAGAGCGGAAUUAAGACUGCGAGCAAAUUGGCCCUUUCCAUGGCUCCCAAGGGCAACAGCGUGCUGCACCUGCCACUAUGGGUGUGCCCAGACUGCCGCAGGACUGUGGAGAAGGAGGAGAGGCAUGGCAGCCUUGACCAGCCGGUGAGCCAAGAUUUUCUUCUUCAUUCCUCGCUUGGUGGCUCCCAGCCGGAGGCUGGCAGUGGUGGGAGGCUCCCUCUGGGCGCACAGACACUACCUUCGGACACCGCUUGCUCGUGCGAGGCCUGCAGUGAGCGCAGAGAAAUUUCAGCAGAGGCGGACCGGGAACCUCAGCAGCUGCAGAACUACUGGUCAGAAGUGCGCUACACGGUGCGCUGCAUCUACCGCCAGGCAGGGACACCACUGGCAGACGACCAGGACCAGUCUCUGGUGCCUGACAAGGAGGGAGUGAAGGAGCUUGUGGAUAGGCUCUGUGAGAGGGACCCCUACCAGCUGUACCAGCGUCUGGAACAGCAAGCCCGGGAGUAUGUGCUGGAGAUGAAGGUCCGCCUUCUCCGGCAGCUGUCGGCUGCCGCCAAGGUGAAGGCACCAUCUGGCCUGCAGGGCCCACCGCAAGCACACCAGUUCAUCUCCCUCCUGCUUGAGGAGUAUGGCGCCCUCUGCCAGGCUGCACGCUCCAUCAGCACCUUUCUUGGCACUCUGGAAAAUGAACACUUGAAAAAGUUCCAGGUGACGUGGGAACUGCAUAAUAAACACCUGUUUGAAAAUCUGGUCUUUUCGGAGCCACUUCUUCAGAGCAACUUGCCUGCAUUGGUGUCACAGAUCAGGCUAGGAACCACCACACACGACACCUGCAGUGAGGACACAUACAGCACCUUGCUGCAGAGGUACCAGCGCUCUGAGGAGGAGCUGCGCAGAGUCGCUGAGGAGUGGCUGGAGUGCCAGAAGAGGAUCGAUGCCUAUGUGGAUGAGCAGAUGACAAUGAAAACCAAACAGCGCAUGUUAACAGAAGACUGGGAGCUUUUUAAACAAAGACGAUUCAUUGAAGAACAGUUAACCAGUAAGAAAGCAGUUACUGGUGAAAACAACUUCACGGACACCAUGAGGCACAUGUUGUCGUCCCGUCUGAGCAUGCCUGACUGCCCCAACUGCAACUACAGGAGAAGAUGUGCUUGUGAUGACUGCAGCCUCUCACACAUCCUCACUUGUGGUAUCAUGGACCCCCCUGUCACUGACGACAUCCACAUUCACCAGCUCCCACUGCAAGUGGAUCCUGCUCCUGACUACCUUGCUGAGAGGAGCCCGCCCAGCGUGUCGUCUGCAAGCUCAGGGUCGGGCUCUAGCUCUCCCAUCACGAUUCAGCAGCAUCCCCGGCUCAUCCUCACAGAGAGUGGCUCGGCACCAACUUUUUGUAGUGAUGAUGAAGAUGUUGCACCAUUGUCAGCCAAAUUUGCUGAUAUUUAUCCAUUGAGUAAUUAUGAUGAUACCGAGGUCGUGGCCAACAUGAAUGGGAUCCACAGCGAAUUGAAUGGUGGCGGGGAAAACAUGGCCCUGAAGGAUGAGUCUCCUCAGAUAAGCAGUACCAGUAGUAGUUCCUCAGAAGCUGAGGAUGAAGAAGCAGACGGCGAGAGUAGUGGGGAGCCCCCAGGGGCCCCAAAGGAAGAUGUAGUGUUGGGAAGCAGGAACCCCAGGACAGAGGAGAGCAAAGUGGACAGUCCACCUCCGUCCUACCCAACACAGCAGGCUGAACAAGCUCCAAACACUUGUGAAUGUCAUGUUUGUAAACAAGAAGCUUCUGGACUGACACCAUCUGCAAUGACAGCCGGAGCCCUUCCUCCAGGCCAUCAGUUCAUGAGUCCAGAGAAGCCCACACACCCUGCACUGCACCUUUACCCCCACAUCCAUGGACAUGUGCCUUUGCACACUGUUCCACACCUGCCACGCCCUCUCAUCCACCCUACCUUGUAUGCAACACCCCCCUUCACACACAGUAAGGCUUUACCGCCAGCACCUGUUCAGAAUCACACAAAUAAGCAUCAGGUAUUCAAUGCAUCUCUUCAAGACCAUAUUUAUCCGAGCUGUUUUGGGAAUACUCCAGAGUGGAAUAGUUCUAAAUUUAUAAGUCUUUGGGGAUCAGAAGUGAUGAAUGAUAAGAACUGGAAUUCUGGCACUUUCUUGCCAGAUACAAUUUCUGGGAGUGAAAUAUUAGGGCCAACACUCUCAGACACAAGACCUGAAGCCCUUCCACCUCCAUCUAGCAGUGAAACACCUGCAGUUUCGGAUAGUAAAGAGAAAAAGAAUGCUGCAAAAAAGAAAUGUUUAUACAAUUUCCAAGAUGCUUUUAUGGAAGCAAAUAAAGUUGUCAUGGCCACUUCAUCAGCCACGUCCUCCGUGUCCUGCACAGCUACCACAGUACAGUCCAGCAACAGCCAGUUCAGAGUGUCAUCCAAGAGACCUCCUUCAGUAGGUGACGUGUUUCAUGGCAUCAACAAGGAGGAUCAUAGACACUCGGCCCCAGCUGCCCCAAGGAACAGCCCCACGGGCUUGGCCCCCCUCCCAGCACUCUCGCCUGCUGCGCUCUCACCUGCCUCUACACCUCACCUUGCAAAUCUUGCUGCCCCCUCAUUCCCCAAAACAGCAACCACAACUCCUGGGUUUGUGGACACACGCAAGAGUUUCUGUCCUGCACCCCUGCCCCCGACCACAGACGGCUCCAUUAGUGCCCCUCCAAGUGUCUGCAGUGAUCCCGACUGCGAAGGGCACCGCUGCGAGAAUGGUGUCUAUGACCCACAGCAGGAUGAUGGGGACGAGAGUGCAGAUGAGGACAGCUGCUCUGAGCACAGCUCCAGCACCUCGACCUCCACCAACCAGAAGGAGGGCAAGUACUGCGACUGCUGCUACUGCGAAUUCUUUGGGCACGGCGGGCCUCCAGCUGCACCAACAAGUAGAAAUUAUGCAGAAAUGAGGGAAAAGCUUCGCUUACGGCUGACCAAGAGGAAAGAAGAGCAACCUAAGAAAAUGGAUCAGAUCUCGGAAAGGGAAAGCGUUGUGGACCAUCGGAGGGUGGAGGAUUUGUUGCAGUUUAUAAACAGCUCUGAGACCAAACCAGUGAGCAGUACGCGUGCAGCCAAGCGAGCAAGACAUAAGCAGAGGAAGCUGGAGGAGAAAGCUCGCCUGGAAGCAGAGGCCAGGGCCCGGGAGCACGUGCACCUCCAGGAGGAGCAGAGGCGGCGGGAGGAGGAAGAAGAGGAGGAACGUUUCAAGGAGGAAUUUCAGCGGCUUCAGGAGCUUCAGAAGCUAAGAGCUGUAAAAAAGAAGAAGAAGGAGAGGCCAAGUAAAGACUGCCCCAAGUUGGACAUGCUCGGUAGAAAUUUCCAGGCAGCAGCAGAGUCUGUCGCUAACUCCGAAAACAUCCACAAUUGCUCACUAGAGCAAACUGAAGAACCAGAAACCUCUUCUCACUUUCCAUCUAGACAUAUGAACCACUCAGAGCCAAGGCCAGGGCUGGGGGCUGAUGGGGAUUCUGCAGACCUCGCUGACACCAGAGACUCGAAAUUUCUCCUCCCCAAGGAGGUGAAUGGGAAGCAGCAUGAGCCACUCUCUUUUCUCUUCGACAUCAUGCAGCACCAUAAAGAGGGAAAUGGUAAGCAGAAACUGAGGCAGACCAGCAAGGCCAGCAGCGAGCCAGCGAGGAGGCCCCCAGAGCCCCCCAAGGCCACAGAGGGGCAGCCCAAGCCCCGGGCCCAGACUGAGUCAAAGGCUAAGUUGGUCGACCCCAUAUCCGUCACAGAGCAGAAAAGAGAGGAGAGAAAAGUCAACAGUAAUAACAAUAACAAAAAGCAGCUGAACCACAUCAAGGAAGAAAAGUCAAACCCAACCCCUAUGGAGCCCAUCGCUCCCAGUGAGCAUCAGCAGAACAACAAGCUGGUGCUGGCAGAUUCCCCUCAGCCAAAGGGCAAGAACAAGAAAAGUAAGAAGAAGAAAGGAGACAGAGUCAACAAUUCAAUUGAUGAUGUCUUUCUACCUAAAGAUAUUGACCUAGACAGUGUGGAUAUGGAUGAGACAGAGAGGGAAGUGGAAUAUUUCAAAAGGUUCUGCUUGGAUUCUGCUAGACAGACCCGACAAAGACUGUCUAUCAACUGGUCCAAUUUUAGCUUGAAAAAAGCCACCUUUGCUGCCCACUGAAUGAGGACUGCCUGAAGAGGGACGCGCAAGAGGUGGGCCAGGCUGCGCCACCCCAAGAGCCAAGCCCCUCGCCAGCACCCCAGAGCCGUGGUGCUUGCCAAGGGCUGUGCGGAGCCGGUGCUGCCUGAGACCCCAGACCGAGAAGUUGAUGCUCGGCCCACGCUGUUAGCUUGUGUGCGUGUAGUCUGUGCGUGAGACUCCUUCGAUUGUAGCUCUGUGCUGUCGGAUUGGAACAGUAGUUCCCGCCAAGUCCUCCCACCACUGCGGCCUCAGAGGCCUGGGCCGUGGCCAGAUAGGAGUUUGCAUCAUCCACGUGGCUCCGUUGCCUCUGCAUUGCACCCUGUCCUGUCAUCUGUCCUCACUGGGGUACUGGCCGUCACUCAGCUCUCCUGUGCCCCUGCGUCCCACCCUAGGCGGGCUGGGCGGGGCAGGCCUCCUUCGUUCUCCACAAUCUACUGUCUCUGAGUGUACACGUUGCGCUGUUUGUGUUUGAUCCCCCCUGACUUGUAGCCAGCUUGUGUAAGAUCCCUUGCAGAAUGAGAAAGUUAAAAACAAGAAACCCACCCAGUACUCACACCAUCAAGUCUGUUAUAGAGUGUACGACUGUAUUAACACGGAGGCCUGCCUGGCUACUUUUUUAACAUAUUGUUAAGUAAUAUUAAAAUCAUGUCUUUCUUUUUGAAAGAUGGAAUACAUUAGUA